GGUCUAACCCGGAAACGCUUCAAACUCCACAGAAGCCUCCAGUUAGCUUAGCCUCGUUGCUUCUUAUUUUGAUUAUCAAAUAUAAGAAUAACAUAUUGCGUAAUAUUUGAAUUUAUAUUAUAUUAUAUUAUUCAGAGUCAGCGCACAGCGAUACUCAUUCUAAAGUAUUCAUGAUUCUUGAGGUUUCUGAGAGCUAACCAGCUGAUCAUGGAGAAAGAUGUAAAGGCGGGCAUCUCGUCUGCCGUGGCUGCAGGAGCGUCAGUCGGGCCGAUGGUUUCGCAGAGCAGGUCUGAGGACGAGGAGGCCAGUGGUGUGAAGAGAACCGCCGCUCAGGCCUUCAGUGGAGCGGGAAUGAUUCCCAAACGCAGGAGCUCCUCCAGAUCAAUAAAGAGAAAGAAGUUUGAUGAUGAACUGGUUGAGAGUAGCCUCGCGAAAUCUACCAGUCGGGUCAAAGGUCAGCCAGUCAUUGAGCCAAUCCGAUGCCCUGGGAGUGACCUCGCAUCCAGUGACAAGAAGAAGGGUUUAAAGUCCGGUAGCUCUCUGACGCCUCCUCUUACCAUGGUGAUCACUCCUUCAUCAAUGUCCAAACGAAUGAAGAAAAACAAGCAGCCGUUACAGAUAACCAAAGACCUGGGCCGCUGGAAACCCACGGAUGACCUGCUGCUCAUCAAUGCUGUCCUACAGACUACAGAUCUCACGUCAGUUCAUCUGGGGGUGAAAUUCAGCUGUCGCUUCACACUGCGGGAGAUCCAGGAGCGCUGGUACGCUCUGCUGUAUGACCCUGUCAUAUCAAAGCUGGCGUGGCAGGCCAUGAGACAGCUUCACCCAGAAGCCAUCGCUGCUAUCCAGAGUAAAGCUCUCUUUAGCCAGACAGAGGAAGCCCUGCUCGCCAAGAUCAUCUCUAGCAGUCAGCCUAAGCUGGAGGUGUUUCAGGAUUUGCUGAACAAGCACCCGAAUGUGUUUUACCCAUCACGCACUGCUAAGAAUCUGCUGGUGCACUGGCAGCUGCUGAAGCAGUAUUAUUUACUGGAGGAUCAGAGCGUUCAACCUCUGCCUAAAGGAGAGCAAGUGCUGAACUUCUCUGAUGCAGAGCAGGUGGUUGAUGACGCCAAACUCAAGGACAGCAGAGAUGAAGUCCUGGAGCAUGAGCUCAUGAUUGCGGACAGACAUCAGAAGCGUGAGAUCAGACAACUGGAGCAGGAACUUCCUCGCUGGCAGGUGUUAGUGGACAGCAUCACAGGCAUGAAUUCACCAGACUUUGAUAAUCAGACGCUGGCAGCUUUACGUGGACGAAUGGUCAGAUAUCUGAUGAGAUCUAGAGAGAUCACACUGGGUCGUGCUACUAAAGACAAGCAGAUAGACGUGGAUCUGUCUUUGGAGGGACCUGCAUGGAAGAUCUCCAGAAAACAGGGGAUCAUUAAACUGAAAAACAAUGGAGAUUUCUUCAUCGCUAAUGAAGGGCGGAGACCCAUUUACAUUGAUGGACGACCAGUUUUAUCUGGAAACAAGUGGAAACUCAAUAACAACUCUGUGAUGGAGAUUGCAGGUCUCCGCUUUGUGUUCCUGAUCAAUCAGGAGUUGAUCUCUCUCAUUAAAGCUGAAGCUGCCAAGAUGAACCAGCCGUGAUGCUGAACGCACCUGUCAAACACCAUUCAGUCCUAUCUUUAUCUCUGCGUAGAGUCCUAACAGAAGACCUUCAGCACAAGCUCAUUUGGGCCCUGCGUAACAGCCGAGCCUGGAUCUGGAGUUCAGAUCGGAGGAAAAUCAUUUGGAGAUUUUAUAUGCCUAUUAUUCAAGGCACAUUUGAACUGAAAGAACUGACU